CGGAAGGCGCUGCCCGCAUGGCCGCGGGGGGCGGCGGCGGCGGCAGGAAUGUGCCCGUGGGCACCGCCGAGCGCGGCCCCCACGACGGCAUGAGGCGCGAUGGAGACCCGUACUGGUCCAGGCCCGAGUCCCGUGUGUGGACGGUGAUGCUGCUGCUGGGGACGUGCCUGCUGUACUGUGCCCGUGUCACCGUGCCCAUCUGCGCCGUCGCCCUCAGCUCCUACUUCGACUGGGACAAGAAGGAGUCCGGCGUCGUGCUCAGCAGCUUCUUCUGGGGCUACUGCUUGACACAGAUCAUCGGAGGGCACAUCAGUGAUCAAAUAGGAGGUGAGAAAGUCCUCCUCCUCUCAGCAUCAGCCUGGGGGUUCCUCACAGUCCUCACCCCGAUGCUGACCCACAUCACUUCUGCCCAUCUCGUUUUUAUGACCUCCUCCCGCUUCCUCAUGGGGUUGCUGCAAGGGGUGUAUUUCCCAUCCUUGGCCAGCCUGCUGUCCCAGAGGGUCCGGGAGAGCGAGCGAGCCUUCACCUACAGCACAGUGGGGACUGGCUCGCAGUUUGGGACACUGGUGAUUGGUGGUGCAGGAUCCCUCCUCCUGGACUGGUAUGGCUGGGAAAGUGUUUUCUACUUCUCCGGUUUGCUCACUUUGCUCUGGGUUUACUGCACCUGCAAGUACCUUCUGAGUGAGAAAGAACUCAUCAUCCCCAUAGACUAUUUAACGAGAGGCCUCUCGAUACCCAAGCAGACCAAAGUCCCCUGGAAGCAGCUGUUUAGGAAGGCACCGAUAUGGGCUGUCAUCAUCGCUCAGCUCUCCACAGCCAGCACGUUCUUCACUCUCCUCUCCUGGCUGCCAACUUUCUUUAAGGAAACUUUUCCCGAGUCAAAGGGUUGGGUGUUUAAUGUAGUCCCCUGGCUGGUUGCAAUUCCAGCAAGCUUAUUCAGUGGAUUUCUGUCUGAUCAUUUAAUCAGUCAAGGGUACAGAACCAUCACCAUUCGUAAGUUCAUGCAGGUCAUUGGCUCUGGCGUCUCAAGCAUUUUUGCUCUGUGUCUGGGCCAGACCUCCAGUUUUUGCAAAGCAAUAGUGUUUGCCUCUGCCUCUGUUGGACUCCAGACCUUCAACCACAGUGGCAUUUCAGUAAAUGUGCAGGACCUGGCCCCCUCGUGUGCUGGCUUGCUGUUUGGGGUUGCAAACACAGGUGGAGCCCUCCUAGGUGUCAUUUGUGUGUACCUGGCUGGUUACCUGAUUGAAACGACUGGCUCCUGGAUUUCUGUUUUCAACCUGGUGGCUGCUGUUAACAGCGUUGGGCUCUGUGUGUUCCUCCUGUUUGGAGAGGCCCAGAGGGUGGACACAGACUCUGCGUACGUGGAUCUCUAGAGACGAGCCCAGCAAGCAGCCAAAGGACAGGAGAGUGUCACGUCUGUGUUGCUCAAGUGCCAAAGAACAGUUUCCUUUUUUUUUUUUUUUUUUUUUUUUUAGGUGUUUUAACGGGAAAAAAUACGUUGAAACCAAGUGCAUAGUGGGUCUGGAUGGAACCCACGACAGAAAAGAAAUUUAGAGUUUAUUUUUUGCUCAGGGCGUAGCUGGUGGCUUGCAGAGCCAUCCAGUUUCAACAUCUCCAGUGAGGAUAUGGUCUGUGGGACCAGUUUGUCCCAGUUUGUUUCUUGGGGGACAAAAAUCCAUGUGGCCAAAGGAGGUUACCUGAUCUGUCUCCCAAGGCUGCUGUGGUUUCAUGCCCUGCUGAGGGGGAGCUGCUUCUCUGUGCAGGAGCAGGUCCCCCCUGCUCUGCUGUCCUCUGUUCAUCCAUCUCUGGGCUGCUGUGCCACACCUGUCCUCUGAACUGCCUGACAGGGAUCAUCCCAACGAAUGUACCUCUGACCUUAACCCCCCUCCUGUGCCUUCGUUUUGCAGCCUGCUCGGUGGGUACCAGCCAGGUGCACAAGGGUUGUGAGGUGAAUUCCAGGCUUCCUACCAGGGAAUGUCUGGCUGGAUGUCUGCAGUGGAUCCAGGGGCUGUGUCAGUCCUGAUGGGAGGCUGCAGAGCAGAGCACUCCAAGGCAAGCCUCUCAUUGCUCCAGGACAGAGCUCAAGGUGUCCCUCCUCCCCCUGGGUGGCUUCACCCCAGCCCUGAGCCCAGGCAGAUCAGCUUCACCAUGAGAGCAGAGCUGAUCUGCCAUCCCCCAGGGUGAGGCUUAGCUGGGCUCACCUCGUGGUGCAGAAACAGCUGAGGAGUUCCCCAGGAGCUGCUUUGCCAGAUGCUGUGAAUGUAUGGGAAGAACCAGUCCCAUUGUGUGCUGUAGAUCUACACCCCUAAAUGUGUUCUGCUGGGAUAGAUGUGUCCUCCAUGUGCUCUCAAAGGGCCGAGGGAGACUUUCCAAAGAGCCUCAUAUGGGCAGGUUUUGUUCCUAUGUUGAGCAUAAACCAAACUUCUGCACUGGGGAUCCAUAGGGAUGUGGAUCCCUGAGGUUCCCCGUGCCAGAGGGGACACCUCGGCUGUGGACACCUCUGAGCCUGAAUGUCUUAAGUUAUUUAUAAAUAUUUUAAAAUGUAAGCACCAAAUUCUAUAUUUUAUGUACUUGAGGCCUGAUUCUGCAUGCUGAUUUUGAGUGGUACUCCCACCACAUCCCACACUGUUUCUCGAAGGGAGUAUCUACCAGCCUCCAGUAUUUAGUUUUGUUAGGAUCAAUUUUAAAUGUGACAUUUCAUAUCAUAGCAAUUCAUUGCUGUUCCUCUUGCCUCUUGCUUGAGGCUGAAAGGUUCUCUUUGAUUUCUCCAAUGUUUACCAGAAAAAUUCAUCUCAGACCAGGGAGCAGAUUUCCCAAGGACUUUGCAGUGCAGGAAAGCUGUAGGUUCAGGUUCCUUGUCCAUAGAAGAAUCCCAAUAAUCUCCUUCUUCACCUUUUGUUUUGGCCAGAUUUCUUCUUGGAAGACCUGUUGGAGCCAGGUUAAAUUUCUGACUAGGUGCAUUUGUAGUGGGAAUAGUGACAGCCUUUUGAUUGCAGAGACACCAGUGGGUAUCAUUAAACUGAGCUGAGCCACUUACUGGGCAUAUUAAGAUAUAAAGGUGCAACUGCUUGAUGUCUUCUCAAGAGAAUAAAAAAUCAAUGUGACCUGAUUGGGGACAGAGAGAUAAGAAAGUAAUUUUUUUCUCCUUCUGUGCUUUUUUUUUCUCUAAAAGGUUGUUUGCUGCCA